UUGCAACCUAUAUAAAAUCGACUUAUGGAUCCAUGAGGCCACUCACUUUCCGGUCCUUUCAGGAUCCUUUCACCUUCCGCGCAUCCGAACUCUGGCCUGGUGCCGUUCUGUCUUUCAUUCUUCCAAUAGUUCGCCAGUCGAUCUCAAAUUCUCUUUCAGCUUUUGCUAAUUGUUCUAGUUGUCGCUAGUCGACGUUGUUCUUGCUGUUGAUUUCACUCUUUGGUUUUUGCAACUCCUUCACGCGUCAUGCAGCUCUCGGUCAUUCUCGCUGUCCUAUUGGCAUGCAUUCUAAACAGCACACCUACUGAUGCAAUCCCUGCGCGGGCGCGUCACCAGCCACAGGUUAACUCAAGGAUGGUUACAAUGCCGCUAAAGCGGUUGUACGUUCCACGAACCGACGUCCACCCACAAUUGCAACUCCAACAACACAUUAAUCGUGGCAACAAACGCCUUGCGCGCAUGACUGGACGUUCAGAACCCGAUGAACAUGAACUUCGUGCAGAGAUGCAUAAGAGGAUGUACAUUCUUGAAAGCAGUCCAGUCAAUGCCAGUAGUGCUACCACGGAGGUAGGGAGCAAUUUUAGCAGACGCCAUUCGCGUCAUUCCAAACCUGCCACAGAGGCAGCAAGCAAUGCUACUUCCACUGGCACUGGUGGCGGUGUUUCUCCUCUCGACAUCCAGGCUGCCGAAAAUGGUGGUCUCACUGCUGCUAAGAAACCAACUGCUAACAACACUCUUGGCCUCGCUAUUGAUGCGGAUGAUGUCGGAUACAUUGCAACUAUCCAGAUCGGCACUCCUCCACAGAACUUCAAUAUCCUUAUGGACUCUGGUUCCGCCGACUUUUGGGUCGGUAGUGAAACUUGUCAAUCUCAGCAGGGUAGUUGCGGGAAUCACACUUUCCUUGGCUCUCAGUCGUCAAGCUCUUUUGUUCAGUCCAAUCAAAAUUUCAAUGUAACUUAUGGGUCUGGAGCCGUUGCUGGUGUUCUUUGCCAAGACAACGUCAACAUGGGGGGUUUACAGCUCAACAACCAUACCUUCGGCGUAGCGAAUGAGGAGACUGUGCAGUUCUCUGCCAGCACGGUAGCCUUUGAUGGACUGAUGGGUCUUGCCCAAUCAACGCUUUCCAAUGAAAAGGUCCCGACUCCUGUCGAAUCUUUGGCAUCCCAGGGUCUCAUUCCUUCGGCUAUAUCGUCUUUCAAGAUCUCACGUCUCGCUGAUCAACUUAACGAUGGCCAAGUUACAUUCGGUGGACUGGACUCCACUAAAUUUGUCGCCAGCACCCUUGUUACUAUCCCCAAUGUCAGCAAGAUAGGGUUCUGGGAGGGCGCUAUGGACGCAGUCACGGUCAAUGGACAAAACUCAAGCCUGAGCGGACGCACUGCCAUUCUUGACACUGGCACCACCCUCAUCAUUGCCCCUCCGGCAGACACCCUGGCCAUCAUGACCAUGCUUGGUGGUAAAUGUGAUACCCAGCAGUGUACGAUUCCAUGCACAUCGAAUGCAAGCGUCGCACUUUCCUUUGGAAAUGCGUCGUUUGCUAUCGAUCCCAGGGACAUGGCGCUGCUGCCUGUCAACGUCAAUGAUCCGACUGGUGACUGCACAGCUGGGAUUCAAGCUGGCACCAUCGGGACGAACACGGAGUGGCUUGUCGGAGAUGUGUUUUUGAAGAAUGCUUAUUUUUCUGUGGACACGCAGAAGAACCAAAUUUCUUUGGCCAAACUUUCCUAGUUUCGACCAGGUGGCAGGAUGUAGUGUAAUUGUUUUCUAGCAGCGGAAUCGCGGGACCGGUUUUUGCUUAGAUUCGCAUCGAAUUAUCUUCAAGCUGUAUCAUAGUCAUUGUUCAUUGCUAUCAUUGACGCAAGAUAUCAAU